AUGAAGGCUUUCAAGACCUACUUCACACCCGACCAGGCGUCGGGUCAACCCGCGCCCGAGACGUCGAAGCCGAAUACUUUGCAACCGAUUGCACCGCAGCCGAAGCCGCAGGCGGCCGAGAGACCGGCUCCUUACCGGACACACAGCGCCAGAACAUCCGCUCGACAGUCGACAGUGAGCUUGGCGCUCACUGCCGGUAUGAGGGACAAGCAUGCUAGCAGUAUCAUCGAUCUCAGGGCAGAUGUCACUGUACACAGCAUCUACCAGGACCAGCUCAGGAAGAUGUAUGCUUCGGCAUGGAAUUUGGGCGAGGGUGUUGUUCUCAAGAAGGGUCGAAACGAUUAUGUCUGCGCUCCUCCUCAGCUUUCCACUGUACCCAAUGGUUUCUUCGACAUGGUCACCCAGCUGAACGUCAGCUGUGCCAUGACCGUCAACACACCUGUCAUCCAGUCCAUCAUUCACGGACUCCUGAGCAGCGGUGAACCCUUGAACUCGAUUCCUCUUGCUGGAGGCUUGCAGCUUCAAGUCCUCCAGAGGAUGACCGAUCUACCUAGAUGUCAGAAGCAUCACUUUGCAGCAUUCAUUCUCGACCCCCCGGUCCUCACCGUUUGGGAUGACGAUGCCAACAGACUGCAUGCUCGCGCGGAGAGCCUAGAGCACAUGAUCAUCUCCUACAUCUGGCGUAACGAGGGAGGUGACGAGGAAGAUGGUGACGAGAAGAAUGAGAAGCAGCCCGGUGUCAACAUUGAGGAACUCUCACCAGCCGCGCUUGAGGAGGCUCUCAGGGCUGAGGUUAGACCAGUCCGGCUCACCAGUUCCAUCAUGGUUUCGGCGGCGCUUUGCUUGUCUGUGGCAUGCUUGGGUCUCGGUUACCGUAACCUGGCCCUGGAGUCCACCAUCGACGGCAGCUACACGCGUUGGGCACUCCUGGCCGUUACCCCGCUUACGCUUUUCAUCAGUCUUUUCUUCUUCUUGUCCAUUUCCGGAAACAUUUUCCAGAUUCUCGGUCCCAUCUCAUCGGUUCACGCGAACUCCAAGAACUACUCUGGUAAGGCACCGCGCCGCCUUGGCCCUCACCGUGGCGAACUUCCCCACGUCACCAUCCAGAUGCCUGUCUACAAGGAGGGCUUGAACGCUGUCAUCAAGCCCACGGUUCUCUCUCUCAAGACUGCCAUCUCCACCUACGAGAUGCAGGGUGGCUCAGCCAGCAUCUUUGUCAACGACGACGGUAUGCAGCUCAUCAGCGAGGACGAAGCUUCGGCUCGUAGGGAGUUCUACGAAGAGCACAACAUGGGAUGGGUUGCUCGCCCCGCCCACAACCCCAAGCCUACAGACCCCAGCGUUCAGCCUUUCAUCCGCAGAGGCAGAUUCAAGAAGGCCUCCAACAUGAACUACGCCCUGAUGACUAGCAACAGGGUCGAGGAGAAGCUCAAGCAGAUCAACCGCGGAAGCAGAUGGAGCCAGGAUAGUGAGGAUCAGGCUUACGAGCAAGCCCUUGCUGAGGUUCUCGAGGAGUCCGAGGGCCGAACAUGGGCUGAGGGCAACAUCCGCAUGGGUGACUAUAUCCUUCUUAUCGACUCUGACACCCGUGUUCCCCGCGACUGCUUCUUGGAUGCUGUCAGCGAGAUGGAGGCUUCUCCCGAGGUUGCCAUCAUUCAGUACACCUCCGGUGUUAUGCAGGUUUCUGACUCAUUCUUCGAGAAGGCUGUCACCUGGUUCACACAGAUGAUUUACACCAUGAUCACAUUUGCCGUCGCCAACGGUGAUAUCUCGCCCUUUGUCGGUCACAACGCCAUCCUCCGCUGGUCUGCUCUCCAAGAUGCCGCUUCCUACAUGGAGGAUGGCUACGAGAAGUUCUGGUCCGAGUCUCACGUCUCCGAGGAUUUCGAUAUGGCCUUGCGUCUUCAGACUUCCGGUUACUCAAUCCGUUAUGGUGCCUACACCGGCGAUGGCUUCAAGGAGGGUGUCUCUCUCACUGUCUACGACGAGUUGGCCCGCUGGGAGAAGUACGCCUACGGGUGUAACGAGCUGCUGUUCCACCCCUUCCGUUUCUGGCUUACUCGCGGCCCCUUCACGCCCCUCUUCAGACGGUUUAUCUUCUCCAACAUUGCCUUCUACAGAAAAGUCACGAUUCUGUCCUACAUCGGCACCUACUACGCUAUCGGAGCAUCUUGGAUUCUUACCCUGAUGAACUACUUCCUGACUGGAUGGUUCUUUGGCUACUACGACAAGUACUACCUCGAUUCGUUCGCUAUCUUCUUCUCCAUCAUCGUUGUUUUCCCUCUUGCCGGCAAUGUUGCCCUGGCUGUGCUCAGGUACAGACUGGGCCAGAAGUCCCUUCUUGGAGCCCUCUGGGAUAACUUCAAGUGGAUGCCCGUAUUCACCAUCUUCCUCGGCGGUAUUUCGCUCCACGUCUCCAAGGCUUUGCUCUGCCAUUUCUUCGAGAUCGACAUCCAGUGGGGCGCCACUUCCAAGGAAGUCGAGAACUGCAACUUCAUGGAGGAGAUCCCCAAGAUCAUCAAAAGCUUCGCGGGCACGUUUAUCUUCACAGCCCUUGGGAUCGCUCUCAUCGUCUGCGGAUACUACGUCUUCCCCGUCCAGUGGCAGAUUCGCUACUUUGCGACAAUCUUCCCCGUGGCUAUCUCCAUCACUUCGCACUUCUGCCUCCCGGUGCUCCUUAACCCCGCUUUGAUGAAGUUCACCUUCUAA